AUGUCGAAAGAGAAGUUAAAUAAAAAAAUUUUAUCUAAAGUUCACUAUAGCGAAUAUUGGAAGAAACCCUGCGCAUUUUGGGGGAAUACACAAAUAUGGGACAACUUCUUUACCGAAAGGAACCAAAAUGCAACGAAACUUGUCUCACGAUACUUUAGGAAUGAACCAGGAACGAAGAAAAUUGAGAAGGCUUACGCAAUACAGGAGGUCAGUAUUCAUGAGUAA